GGCUUGAGAGGCUAAGAGAACUUGCUGGGGUUGAGCCCCUGGGCAACUCUGCACCCUUAGUCCUUACGCUCCACGGACCACCCUGCAACAAGCCUCUCUCCUUGGCCAGGCUGACCCCUCCCAAGUUUUAAGUCUUCCCCUUCCCUCCUGCUGAGAUCAACUCUUUACUUGCCCAGCUCCCCUAGGGAGAAGCAGCCACUGGGUACAGGAUGUCAGGUGGAAGCCUCAGGGGGGCCUUUGGAAGGAGGCAAACAGACAAGAGCUCCAGAGCAGACACCAGAGCUGCUGAAGAUGUGAAGUGCAUGUCCAUGAAGUGUGUGAAAUGCUGUGACUGAUUUAAGUGGCCAAAGGAAAAAUAUCAAGGCUUCUUAGGGCAGGGUAUUUAUGAAGGCUUGUGGGAAGCACAGACUAGACAGUCAAUAAAUGUGUCCGGUGAGAGAGAGGGUUUGGAGGUAGAAAUGUUGGAGAGAGUUGGUGCCAUUUGCUAAGACAAAGACCCCAGGAGGGGCAGGUUAUGGGAAGAAAGGGAUGAGUUCAGUUUGAGCCACGAGGUGCUUGUGGGCCAUCCAUGCCGGGGCAAGGUGGCAGGUGGCUCUGUGAUCAGGAGCUCAGGAGCCAAGCUUGAGCUAGAGGUAAAGAGAUGUUCGGGAGACGUCCUGUAGGGCAUGUCGGGGGAGCGUAAGCUUACAGAAAGAGGGUCCUUCCGACCUUUCUCAGACCUCACCCUACUCUUCCCCAGUCGCCCCCACGAUCUCCUGAAACAGAAGCUCCCAUAAUUUCAGGCUUAUCAAGCUUCCAGUAGAGAAGUUUCUUUUACCCGCUCCAUUUUUUUUUUACCCUCAACAUUGGGGGAAGCCUGCUGUCACCCAGUGAUGGCCAGCGACGAAAUUGAACGUCUGAAUUAACAGCGUGGAGCGGCCUGGGGUCUGGACUGGAGGUCGCUGUUCCAAACCUGGGCGGGGCCGCGGCUGCGCCUCCAGCGCGACGGGCGCGGGGACCCGGCGGGGAAGCCGGGCCGCCGCGCCUCCGGGGCCGGGCGCCAAGCUCUGGGGAACGCCGCCUCCGGGCUGGUGGCAGCGCCUCCUCGGGCGCCUGUAGCCGCCGCAGCCAUGUUGGCUGAGGGCUCGAAGACAAAGCCACCUGGAGACACCGGGGCGGCGUCAUCUGGGCACGAUGGCGCGGGAGCGAAGUUCGCGGGGCCGCGUUGCCGCCAUCUCUUAGGAAGGCAUCUUCCAGUUCUGGUUCUCGGUGCACCUUCAGCCACGCGCUCUUAGUGUUCAGCCUUCCCCGUGGGCCCUCGAGGGGCCGUCCCUGGUCUCCCGGCCUCACGACGGCGCCCCGACCCUCGGGCCGGGCCACGGAGCGUUCUGGAUCGCGGAGGCUCCGCGGACCCCGGCGGGUAGGGUUGGCGCUGGCCCGCCGCCGGGGUGGCACUUACGAUGGCGCCGCCCCCGGCUCCGCUCCCCGCGCGGGAACCUAACGGGGCCGGGCGCCAGUGGGGGACACCCGAGCCCCUGAGCUUCGCGGACGUGGCCGUGUACUUCUCCCCGGAGGAGUGGGGGUGUCUGCGGCCCGCGCAGAGGGCCCUGUACCGGGACGUGAUGCGGGAGACCUACGGCCACCUGGGCGCGCUCGGCUUCCGAGGCACCAAGCCAGCCCUCAUCUCCUGGGUGGAGGAAGAGGCCGAACUGUGGGGUCCAGAUGCCCGGGAUCCUGAGACGGGAGAGUGUCUUAGAGAAGCAGACACAGCAGGUUCCAGAGACAAGGAAGAGAAAGGACAAAGAGAAGGGACCGAGGCACUGGGGAAGAUCCUUUCUGUGGACGCUCAGCCUCCCGGGCUGACGGCUCUCAAACCCUUUUCUGCUGGGUUUUCUUAUGGUUGGGAGCAGCCAUCGAAGGUGCCUCGCCGGGGUCGCCCACCACUCUGUGCCCAUCCCCCGGUCCCCAGGGCAGACCAGAGGCACGGUUGCUACAUGUGCGGGAAGAGUUUCGCUUGGCGCUCCACCCUGGUGGAGCAUCUGUACACGCACACGGGCGAAAAGCCCUUCAGUUGCCCUGACUGUGGCAAGGGCUUCAGCCAGGCCUCCUCUCUGAGCAAGCACCGGGCCAUCCACCGAGGGGAGCGGCCCCACCGCUGCCCGGACUGUGGCCGGGCCUUCACCCAGCGCUCCGCCCUCACCACCCACCUCCGGGUCCACACGGGCGAGAAGCCCUACAGCUGUGCUGACUGCGGCCGCUGCUUCAGCCAGAGCUCCGCCCUGUACCAGCACCAGCGGGUCCAUAGCGGCGAGACCCCCUUCCCGUGCCCCGACUGUGGCCGCGCCUUCGCCCACGCCUCAGACCUCCGGCGCCACGUGCGCACCCACACGGGCGAGAAGCCCUAUCCAUGCCCAGAUUGCGGGCGCUGCUUCCGGCAGAGCUCCGAGAUGGCAGCCCACCGGCGCACCCACAGUGGCGAGCGCCCCUACGCCUGCCCACAAUGCGGCAGGUGCUUCGGCCAGAAGUCAGCCAUGGCCAAGCACCAGUGGGUCCAUCGGCCCGGGGCGGGGCGGCGCAGGGGCCGGGGUGCCAGUGGGUUGCCGGUACCCCUGGCCUCUGGCCGAGGGGACCUGGACCCACCCGUGGGCUUCCAGCACUACCCAGAGAUAUUCCAGGAGUGUGGGUGAUGGCCUCAACAGUGACAAGGCAAAGAGUGAAGAUCUAGACAUUGUUUGAGGCCCAGGGUGGCCUCAGGGGCCUGAAACUCUGGCAGCCCCGGAGAGGCCACAGAAUUCCCAGCCAGAGCUGGACCUGGGGGAGGAGGACUGUUUCAUCUUAGGCCCUCACGAGCUUCAUCUGCUGAUACCUUGUUCCCUACUGUCCCAGACUCUAGAAGCCCCCUUUGCUGAGUUAGGGCUGAGGUUAGAACCCCCACUAGACUUUCACUGUGGGGAAGAAAAGGCUGUUUCUAAGAGGAUUGAGGUGGAGAACUUUGUUUUACCCACUGACUUUACUGCAGAAGUUAAAAACUGAUGGCUGGGUACUGAAUGUGGUCUGUAGCAGCCUUUAAUUUUUUUUUUUUUUUAGCCCAGCCAGCAUUUUUAAAUGUUAUGAGUUAUUGGUUAAGAUUUAAAAAUCAGGAUAUUUCACACAGAAAACCAGGUUUCUGGCCUCUCCUGAAAAAUCCGAAGAUUUGGCAACUCCACCUGAGCUCCCACAAAACCACAAUUGGUGGGAGCUGAGGGGCAGUUGCCCCUUUGGAUGGAGACCAGGCUCUCCAGUUCAGCAUGCCUGCCACUCCUUGUCACCUCCUGACCAGUGUCAGCUGGCACUCAUCAUGGCUCGCCAACAUCUCUGGCAAAGCAGGCCCUCUCCAUCUGGCAUUUUGCUACUCAUUUCCAUGACCUGUUGGGUUCCUGUAGUCAUUUGAGUUUGCAAACUGUAGUCUACAGCAUUCAAUUGUUCUUGAAUCAGGGAUUCAGGUAGAGAGCAUAUUUGUAAAAGGGUGGCAGGAGAGAAGUAAAAGGAGGCUUUAUGUUA